CGAAUAUAUAAAAAUAAACAUUUCCAGGUUCCCAGCUCUUAUAUAUACCCCUUGAUGUCUCUCACUUACUUAUAGUAAGCUAUUAAAAGGAAAAAAAAAAAAGGAAGAAGACAAGAGGGAAGAAGAAAGAGCAGUAUGUCCAGAUUACUAGAUCAACUACGAAUAACUAAUAAUAGAAUAUAUGAAAAUAUUACUAUCCAGGAUAGAUCAGAAAGAAGGAAACGUCAGCGUACUGAAGACCAAAUAAAUGAUGGUUCCAUUGGUGGAUCCAAUGGUCUGGGACCAACCUAUUCUAUGAAAGAUAUGCUUAGAUCGACUCGUUAUUCAGCCGCAUCAAAUGAUUCCUCCAAGUCUCUAAAAUUGAAUCAAAAAAUUAAUGAUGAUAAAUUAAGAAAUGAAAAUGCCUUGAAAUUUAACCCAUCAAAUCUACCCAAUAAUUAUACCAAUACUCUUCCCGACCUAAGUACUAAGGAAUUACCUUAUCAAGGACUUAUUCCAUUCCCCGAUUGUACAAUUAAUGAUACCGAUCCUACUAGCCAUGAUAGAGAGUUAUUCAAUAAAUUUUUAAAAGAAGGUGAAGAACUACGGUUGAUGAACCAAAAAGAUUUGGUUGAUAAUGAUCUCAUCAAUGGGGAUCAGUUCAAUGAGCUGUCAAAUAGAUCAACUCCUGUUCCAUUGGGCAUAUCACAACCACAAAACUAUCUAAAAUCUCAAAUUCGUAAAAUUCAAUUCAGAGAUUAUGAAAUUGAUACAUGGUAUACUGCUCCUUAUCCUGAAGAAUAUUCCCAAUCAAAAAUCUUAUAUGUGUGUGAACAUUGCUUGAAAUAUAUGAUAUCUCCAGUUUCUUAUGAACGUCAUCAACUAAAAAAUUGCAACUUAUCAAACAGUCAUCCCCCAGGUAUUGAAAUAUAUAGAGAUCUUGAUACUAAAAUUGCAGUAUGGGAAGUGGAUGGCCGUAAAAAUAUAAAUUACUGUCAAAAUUUAUGUCUAUUAGCAAAAUUAUUCUUAAACUCGAAAACUCUCUAUUAUGAUGUCGAACCAUUUGUAUUCUAUAUUUUGACAGAAAUUGAUGAAUUCAAUUUUAAUAAGUAUCAUUUUGUUGGUUAUUUUUCAAAAGAAAAACUUAAUAACUCAGAUUAUAAUGUUAGCUGCAUUUUAACUUUACCAAUUUAUCAACGUAAAGGUUAUGGUAAUUUAUUAAUUGAUUUUAGUUAUUUAUUAUCAAGAAAUGAAUUUAAGUUUGGUACCCCAGAAAAACCUUUAAGUGAUCUUGGACUCUUAAGUUAUAAAAAUUAUUGGAAAGUUACUAUCGCUUCCAAGUUAAAAGAAAUUUAUACUAAAUAUAUUGGAUCCAAUCAACCUGAAUCAAAUAAACCCUCCGAUAUAUCCCUUUCAAUAGAAACAUUGUCUAAACUAACUGGUAUGAUUCCGUCUGAUGUCAUAGUGGGACUCGAACAACUAGAUUCUCUCAUUAAAAACCCCGUCUCAGGAUCUUAUGCCAUAGUAUUAAAUUUAGGUAAAAUUAAUCAAGCUAUUAAUAAGUGGAAUUCGAAAAACUACGUUAAAUUAGAUUACGAUAAACUAUUAUGGAAACCAAUGUUAUUUGGUCCAUCUGGUGGUAUUAAUUCCGCACCGGCAACUUCUCAACAACCUCAACAAAAUAUUCCUAGCAAUAGCAUAUCCAUGAUUAAGGCUUUUUUGAAGGACGAUAUUGAUAAUCCUUAUACUUAUGAAGAAGAAGCAUAUAAAGAAAUUGAAUAUUCCAGUGGUUUCAAAGCAUCUCCAAAGAAACUGAAUACUAAAAAUCCAAUGUUUCAAAAAGAAUUAUUAGAUAAUCAUAAUAGUGAUCAAGAUUUGAAUAAUUAUAUCAUAUGUUAUCCUGGUAUUGAAGUUAACUCUAAUGGUAGAAAUACUCAAAGUCUUGUCGCGGAAUCCAUAAACAAAAAGUCCAUAAAUAAGCAUGAAAAUAAUGACGACGAAUUAAAUAACUUUGUUAACCCGGAGGAGUACGGACAAUUUUUCAGUGAUGAUGAUGAUCUAGAAAAUCCUGAUGAUGAUGACGAGUAUAAUGAUGAUAUAGUAGAAGCUUCAGAAAACGACGAUGAUGCCAUAGUUGAACCUGUACAAGAUGAUGAACUAGAAGAUUCCGAUGAUGAUAAAAUAAAUUCGGAUGAAGUCGAUCCAGACGAAACUAUUGAUAUUGAAGAGAAUGAAAGUAAACGUGUUAACCAUAGUGAUACAGAACCUGACACAAUUGUCUCCAAACCGAAUAAUGAAAAUCCUUUUCUCGAUUCUAGCCCAAAAAACUCAACCAAAAGACGCAUAACUAAUAAUUUCCCCAUUUCUAGUAUUUCGCCGUCUAGAAGUCUUAGGUCAAGAAAGUCUCCAUCAAUCUCAGAAGAAAGCCCCAGUAGAAAAUCAUCUCGUCGUCAACGUUCAUAAGGUGCAAAUUAUAUAUGAUUUUUCUUAUUUAAUUAGC